AUGCAGGGCUUCCCCGGCGGCGCCCCCGAUCCGCAGCAGCUGCGGGCCACCAUGCUGGCCAUCGAGCAGGCCUGCUCCCUCAUCCAGAUGCACAUGAGUCCAGCUGAAGCGGAAAAAGUUAUAAGCUCACUGCAUUCAGCUCCGAUGCCUUAUCAAGCAUGCAGAUUUAUCCUUGAGACAUCUGUCAUGCCAAAUGCGAGAUUCCAAGCUGCUGGAGCAAUUGGUGAUGCAGCAAUAAGGGAGUGGGGAAUCCUCUCAGAUGACAACAAAAAAAGCCUAAUAGUGUAUUGCUUGAACUAUGUUAUGGAGCAUGCAAGUUCCCCAGAAGGCUAUGUGCAAGCAAAAGUUUCUGCAGUAUCAGCUAGAUUACUUAAAAGAGGCUGGAUUGAGUUCUCGGACCAAGAAAAAGCUGCCAUCUUCUUUGAGAUUGAGCAAUCCAUCCGAGGCAUCCAUGGACUUGGUCGACAAUUUGCUACAAUCAAUUUCUUAGAAGCUUUGGUUUCAGAGUUUUCACCUGCAACUGCUUCUGCUAUGUGCCUGCCUAAGGAAUUUCAUGACCAAUGUGAAUGGUCACUUGAAGUGAAGUUUCUGAAGGACUUCUAUUGCUGGGCACAAGCUGCUGUGUUCAAUAUUGCAGACAGUAUAUUGAAUGGAGAAGCAGGUGUAGCUGAGGAGAAAGCGUGCUCAGCAGCAUUUCGCCUUAUGUUCCAGAUAUUAGGCUGGAACUUCAAGCACAAUGUGGAGCAUGCAAAUUCGGAAGCUAAGAUUAAUUCUGGUUUGAGGAGUGAUGCCAUAAAUCUGAAGAAAUUUGAGCGUUCAUUGGUGAAGCCAGGGUCUAUGUGGAGUGAUAUUCUAAUAUCAAGUGGGCACAACACCUGGGUUUUGAACUUUUAUACUACAGCCCGCCAGAAGUUCUCAUAUGAUACACUGUGGGUUGAUUCGCCUAUUGCGACCUCCUGCAGACAACUCAUAGUGCAGUUAUGCUCAUUGGCAGGCUCCGUCUUUCCUAAUGAUAAUGCAGACGCACAGAUUAAACACCUUGUGCACAUAUUAUCUGCUGUUGUUCUGUGGAUUGAACCUCCUGAUGUCAUUGCUGCAUCAAUUCGAAGUGGAGCAAGUGAAAGUGAGUUUAUAGAUGGGUGCCAUGCCCUUCUUUCAAUGGCAUCUCUGUCUACCUGUUCUCUUUUCAACAACCUCCUGAAGUCAAUGAGGCACUAUGGCACAAUUAAUCUACUUUCUGCUUUGACAUCCGUAGCUGUCAAGUCUUCUCUGGAUAACCAGAAUGAAGAGGAAACCUGGGGCUCGGAGGCUCUUGAUAUAUUGUUAGAAACAUGGAAUGUUAUUCUUGGGGACAUCGAUGCUGAUAAAAGUCAUAUGUCAGUUGAUGGAGCAACUGCAGCUUCAAGUUUGUUUAAGAUCAUUGUGGAGUCACAUUUGAAGGCGGCUGCUGAUUCUGCAUUCGAGGAUACUGAUGAUGCUGAAUACUUUCAUGUUUCUGUUUCAAAGCGCGAUGAACAAUUGGCCCUGUAUGCUCAGAUUGCACGUUCAGCUGCUGACACAACUGUACCCUUUCUUGCGCAAUUGUUUUCAGAGCGAUUUGCACACUUGAGUCAGAUAAAUGGUGAAAAUGAUCCUACUCAAACUUUGGAAGAGCUGUAUUGGCUGUUGCUAAUAACCAGUCAUGUCCUAACAGAUUCAGGAGAAGGAGAAACACUGCUUAUUCCUGAAGCAUUGCAGGCUGGAUUUCCCAAUGUAGUUGAUGUAGCGCAGCAUCCAGUAGUUACACUCUCAUGGUCAAUAAUAAAUUUUUCUCGACAGUGUCUAGAUCCAGGAAUUAGGGCAAGGUACUUCAGUCCACGACUCAUGGAGGCAGUGAUUUGGUUCUUGGCAAGAUGGGUUGCAACCUAUUUAGUACCACUUGAUGUGAGUAGGGGGCAAGUAAACAGAGCACAAAUUGAUGGUGUGGACAACCAUGCUGCCCAACAUUCUAGAAAAAUGCUAAACAGUUUUGCUUGGGAGAAUAACCAAGGAGAGUUUGUUCUUGAUUUUGUUGUUCUUAUAUCAAUGGUAGCCCUUACUACAUAUCAGGGAGAAAAUGAGCUGCAGACACUUACAUGCCAGAAGUUACUUGCCACAGUUGUUCGGCGGAAGCACACAUGCACUUAUGUUGUUCAGUUGGAUUCGUGGCGUGAUCUUACAAGAGCUUUUGCAAGUGGACGUUCUUUAUUCUCAUUAAGUGGACGCUUACAGAGAUCUCUGGCAGAAACACUUACCUGUGCAGCUUCCUGCAUUAAAGAUCCUGAAGCAUCUGUGCAGUAUUUGAGGGACCUCAUGGGACCAGUUGCUGGAUGCUUAGUAGAGAAUGCUAGCAGGAGUGAUCUCAAAUCUGUGGCACAACAGGCAGAUGUUGUUUACAUGGUUUGUUGUCUAUUGGAACGACUAAGAGGAGCUGCUAGAGCUACUCAACCUCGCACUCAGAAAGUUCUAUUUGAGAUGGGUCACACUGUGAUGAACUCGCUCUUGACUCUUCUGGAGGUGUACAAAAAUCAGUCUGCAGUCAUAUACAUGAUACUCAAGUUCGUUGUUGAUUUUGUUGAUGGUCAAGCUGUAUUCUUUGACGCCAAGGAAACAUCAGUUUUGGUUAACUUUUGCCUGAAACUACUCCAAAUAUACUCCUCUCAUAAUAUUGGAAAGGUGAUGCUCUCGCUUUCUUCUAGUUUGCGCAGUGAAUCACAAGCUGAAAAAUAUAAGGAUCUGCGUGCUUUGCUUCGGCUUCUGACAAAUAUUUGCUCAAAGGAUUUGGUUGGUUUCCUAUCUGAUAGUAGCAUUGAAGGUUCACAAGAUAUUGCUGAGGUCAUCUAUGUUGGAGUUGAUAUUGUCACUCCCUUGAUAUCUUUGGACCUUCUGAAGUACCCUAAACUCAGUCGUGAUUAUUUUGCUCUUGUGUCUCAUUUGUUGGAAGUGUACCCGGAGAAGGUCGCUAACUUAAACAAGGAUGCCUUUUCAAGGAUUAUUGGAAGUCUUGAGUUUGGCCUGCGCAAUCAGGAUAGCGACAUUGUCGAGAGGUGCCUUACAGCAAUAAAUGCUCUUGCUUCUUACCAUUUCAAAGAGAGUCUUGGAGGUAGAGGAGGACUUAGCUCACAGCUUAUGGAGUCAGAAGGGUCAAAUGGCAAACUUCAGGAAAGCAUAUCAAGUCACUUUUUGAAGCUUCUGCUGCAAUUGCUUCUGUUUGAAGAUUUCAGAAUGGAACUAGCGGGUUCUGCUGCAGAUGCUUUGCUUCCUUUGAUUUUAUGUGAACAUGCUCUAUAUCAGAGUCUGGUCCAGGAGUUACUUGAGAAACAACAGAAUCCGACGGUGAAAUCAAGGCUGGGAAUGGCAUUUCAUAACCUCACAAGCUCCAACAAUCUCUCAAACUUGCUCGACCGACCGAACAGGCAGAGAUUCAGGAAAAACCUGCGCGCUUUCUUGGGCGACGUCUCGGGCUUCAUGCAGAUAAAAUAAAUAGACGUCAGUACGUGACAGCAGGGAAGCAGUGAUCCACUGGUCAGUUGUUGAAACCACAGAUCAUCCCCCCGAUGUGCCAGGAGCGCUUGUGUGCACGAUGUGGUGGACUCGUCAUCAAGAAAUGCUUGACAUCACAAGGAGACAUCCUCUCCAGUCUGUCAAUGACAACAUGCUCUCCAGUAGAUGGCAAUGGUUGCUUCUCCAGAAAGGCCAGGGAUAUGUGAACCGGAUGCCAUGCCCACAUACACAAUGAGACGUCAUGUAAAUGGUUUUUUGCUUCGCUAAAACAUGCCCAGGGCACCACCACACACACCAAGGGUAGGAAUUUUGCUGCAACAUGUCACCCACGUUUUUGCUCUGCCCAUCAUCAGUGUAGGAGAAAGAUAGGAGUGCUUUAGCUCUUUAGCAUCCACAUGCUGGUGUCAAUUGUACCCCAUCAUAUAUACUGUACUUAACCACUUUCCUCUCUGCAUUGUGAGAGAGAGAGAGCACACAAAGCUUCAGGUCUCUUUGCUGUGACCAUCUAGAGGCCUGUUUGAAGAAGCUUAUAGAUGUUGAGAAAUAACUGCUUGGUAGUCAGUUUUUAAGAAUUUGAAAAAGCUCUGAAACCCAGCUUC